AACCAGGAAACUGCUGACUAAUGGGCCAUACCCAAUCAAACUCUACCUAUCACGCUCCAUUUUCAAGUGUCUCGGUCAUUCCAGAUAGAGCCCUGACACCAAGGCAAAGACAGCGAGUCCUUAGAUUUAGCAAUAUUUAAAGAAUAACCGCUGAGGAAAUGAUGGAGCUGAAAGCCAGAUGAUUUAAUACCACUUAUUCAAGUAUUAGGAUAGCUGGAGAUGCUGGAUCAUUAUGGCUCACAAUCAAGACUGCCCAGGUGGCUUUUGUUGGUCACCUCAAUAUAUAUAACUACCGGUACCUACCUAGGUAUAUAUAUAAAGAUUGACACGACAACUGAUUUGCUGCUUGACACCAAUUGCGCUUCUCCCGCAGAUAUGAUGAUCCCAAUCGAUGCUUACUUCUAGAUACUGGAGAUAUCAAGGAGAUUUGAACCGACGAAACAUCAUUGUUUCCUCCUUCAACCCAGUUCAGAUUGUCGUUGUGGACUGGGAGCAAGCGGGAUGGUAUCCGGAUUACUGGGAAUAUUCCAAAGCUUGCUUUACCUGCCGGUAUGAGGAUGAGUGGCGCAAGGAUUUUAUCGACAAAGUUUCGCAACCUCGAACGGACGUGUACUUCGUUUUUUUCCGAUUAUACCCUGGCGAUGGGCGCCGUUUAACUCUUACGUUCUGCAGGUAUUAUAAUAAGGCCUGAAUGAGGAAGAACAGCAAAUACAAGGAGAGGCCUAUCGUAUGACUAAAUUCAAACAGCUCCGUUAGUUAUACAUCGGUUUUGCCAUAUAUUUUGUUUGUCAUUUGGCCCAAUAAUCUGCCAUAUUGAAAACAGUGUGCUGGGAGGCCCGAUUACAUCUCUUCUCAGCAUCUGUGUCCAGGCUGCCAUGCCAAUCCCCGCAUCCGUGACUGAUAGGCCGUGGUCCUGAUUAGGAAGAGAUCGUUGUCUUCCUGAUAAGGAAAGUCCAACCCUAUACGAAUGAUUACUCCGUACGAAGUACUGUGGAAAAGAUUCUGAAUGUCUAACUCGAAACAGCACUGUGGAGAACCCGCUGUUGUUAGUUGAGCGCCGAGACUAAAUUGGCAUAUAUGUUGAGCUGCUGAGCAUACCUAGAAAUGUGUUGUAUUAACAUGCCAAGAUUUUGGAGCGGUCAAUUGCAACUGUUAUGUAAUAGCAAGGGAAUAGUUACCCACAAAAAAGC